AUGCUGGCGUCGUCUGCCAUGAUGGCCGCAUUGCGUGUCCUAGCACUGGUGGUUCUGUGCCUGCUUUGCGGGCUGUGCACCCGCGUCGAGGGCUCCAAGUCCCUCCACGCUGGCGUGUACGUGAAGCUGCUGCCGGGGAAGGAGUUCUGCGCUGAUUACCAUGCCUACCGCGAUCCACAGAGCGACCCAGUACUCGUCACAUUUCAGCACCGCUGCAUCGACCCGCGCCUGGCUGGAAUUAUUACAAAGCUCUAUGCACCCAGCAGGGAGCCGCUCAAGCGCGGUUUGCAGAUCCCUUUAUCAGAAAAUAUCGACACCUUUGGCGACAUCUCGCAGAUCUUCUUCCAUGCCGAGCAGACCGGAACCUACAAGAUAUGUUUUCUGCUCCCCCUCAAGAAGCCUGCCAUGCGCUUCGAGAUGUCUUUCAGCGCCGUCAACGACAUCGUUGAGCCGCCCAAGUUAGAAGACGACGCCUUUGUGGUGGACAAGCCACCAGAGAUGGAGGACUACGCUGACCGCCUGCGCAUGUUGAAUUUGUCUGUGGAGACGACCGUUGACGAGCUCCGCAUGUACGAGACGCGGCGGUACUUCUUUGACGAGACGGUCAACUCUGCCUUCUACCUUUGCAUCUUUAGUGUGCUGCUGAACAUCGUCAUCGCUGUGGGACUCACUGUGUGGUCGGAGAGGUACCUGGAGCGGUACUUUGUGAGGCAGAAAAUUGCGUAA